AUCAUUGGUGCAGGGAUGGCUGGACUCUCCGCUGCUCAUCGAUUGGCACAGUGUGGUCUUCAGAAUUUCACGAUAUUAGAGGCAACGGAUCGACCAGGAGGCCGAAUUCAUUCGUGCUGGCUGGGCGACGUAGUAGCAGAAAUGGGAGCCACUUGGAUCGAGGGAGGUUGUGUGGCGAAUCCCGUUUUCACCCUGGCCGCCCAAGAGGGUCUUCUGAAGCCACCCGUAUUCAGGCCUGAUCCGAGUCGUGGUCUUUUCUGCACCAGCGACGGACGAGCCAUCGAUCUUCCCGUUAGCAUCACGGCUUAUCACACGUUUCGUCAAAUCGAGCAACAGGCGGCCACGCUUUUCUCCUUAGGUUGUGGCCGCAAACACGGCACGUUGCUGAAUUUCAUGGGCGUCAGAAUUCAGCAGGAGCUCCACAAUUUCCCGGAGGAGCAACGAUACGAUGCAGCCAGGGUGAUGUAUGGGAUGACAAACUGCGUGAGAUGUCGAUGUGGCGACGAUCUGUCUCUAGUUUCGGCCGAUCAGUUCGGAAGCUACAUCGAGAUUCCUGGUGGUAACGUGAGGGUGCCUCUCGGAUACGUCGGAGUCCUUGCCCCGUUGCUAAGGGAUUUGCCAAGCUGUUGUCUCAAAUACUCGAAGCCAGUAAGUUGCGUAAGAUGGGGCGCCGUAACAGAUUCCUGUCCUCGAGCAGUAGUGAAAUGUUGCGACGGCGAAGAAUUCCCCGCUGAUUACGUGAUCGUCACCGUUCCGCUUGGCGUUUUGAAGCACCAACACGACAAACUUUUUUGCCCCGCGUUGCCAGCGGAGAAAGUGGAGGCUAUCUGCAAAUUAGGAUACGGUUAUGUUAAUAAAAUAUUCUUGGAAUACGGGAGGCCAUUUUGGGUGUGGAAGGAAGGCGGAAUAAAAUUGGCUUGGUCGGCCGACGAACUCGCUGACAGAUGCGACUGGGUGAAAGGAAUUUCUAAUAUAGAAGAAUUAUCGACUUCUCAACACGUUUUGUGCGCGUGGAUUUGUGGCCGCGAGGCGUCAGACAUGGAAUUGUGCUCCGACGAGGAGAUCGUGGAAUCGAUAACGAAAGUUCUUCGACAAUUCACCGGCGAUCCAACGCUACCAUACCCAGCUAAUCUUCUCAGAAGCAAAUGGUGCACGGAUCAAUACUUCGCCGGCGCAUAUAGCUACAUGGGUCUGGACAGCACUGUCGGCCAUCAGUGUGAUUUGGCUAGUCCUUUGCCAGGCACGUGCGAACCGAUACCACCGAUCCUCUUAUUUGCUGGGGAGGCUACGAUUCCAGGACACUACAGCACAGUUCACGGGGCCCGUUUGAGCGGUAUUCGCGAAGCUGAAAGGAUAAUUCAGCUAACGAAACGAUUCAGCGGUCCACCACAGAAAGUCCCCGAUAAAGAGUAG